AUGACCACCUUCAACACGACCACCUUCAAUAUGGUCACCACUCCACACAUCGUCGCCCCCACAGCCCCCCACACCCACACCAUCAUCUUCCUCCACGGCCGCGGCAGCUCCGCCAAGACCUUCUGCUCGGAGCUCUUCGAAAGCGAGGAUUCUUCCAUUCGAAAGUUCACCGACAUCUUCCCCAUUACCGAGCGAGAAGUAAUACCGCAAUGGUUCGACAUGACAUCCGUACAACGGCCCGACCAAGACGCCGAGUCGCAGAAAGAAGAACUAUGGCAGAGCGUCGCGCAGAUUCUAGAAGUCCUUGAAGAAGAGAUGAAGCCUGUGGGAUUGCGCAAUGUGAUUAUAGCGGGGAUGAGUCAGGGGUGCGCUAUUGGUAUUUUUACUUUGGUCACUUCUGGUAUUCGCGUUGGAGGAUUCAUGGGGCUGUGUGGGUGGUUGCCGUUGGCGGAAGAGCUGUCUCUUCUCAUGGGGGUGCCUGGACGAGAGCGGGGUGUGUUUGAGAUGCCGUUGCUUUUGCAGCAUUGCAAGGACGACGAGGUUGUGCCUGUUCGGAAUGGGGAGAAGCUUAGGAAGAAACUUGAGGAGUGGGGUGGGGUCGUGGAUUGGAAGUGCUUUGAGGAGGGUGGGCAUUGGCUUAAUGAGCCUAGGGGUAUGGAUGGGUUGGUGGAGUUCAUUCAGGCGGUUAUGAGGGCUUCGCCUUUCCCUAUACCCGUUAAAGAGGAAAAGAAAACAGAGGAGAAACCGAAGAGCAGAGAUUGGUAG